CUCUCAGCCGUACGUACCCGCUCCAGGUAUGGCAUUGCUAUUAACCCUUACAUGGCCCUGCUUGUGCUAGUGGGGCGGGCCCCCUGGGUGCGGCUGCUUACUGUACCCGGCAUUCCCCUCUGCAGGUCGGCGCCCCACACUGAAGGCUGCUGGGAUGCGCUGCUAGAUUGCUAAGUACCAACAUUGAAUACAAAGAAAUCUACUGAAAUCCCAUAAAAAAAGCUACAGGAUGUGCGCCCCCUUGUGGUGUGUCUCCAUUGCUGCACUUUUAGCCAUAGCCGCUGGUGAAAAUCUGGUCGACAGCUGCCAACUGGUGGGCGGAGACAGAAAGUCUGUAACCGAGCAACAACUCUUGGCCAAACUCGCUCCUCUUAAGGGCAAAAGGUUUGAGGCCAAGACUCAAGAAGGCUCCGACAUCUACACAUAUACCUUCGUAGUAUGCGGCCGGGUCAACAACGACUCCAAAAGCACCAAUGAGGGUCUAGUGCAAUCCAAAGACGGAUCUAAAGACACCUCUGUGAUUGGCCGGAUCAACGAUACCCACAUCAUUAAUGGAAGCGACUGGAUCAUGCUGUACUAUAGAAGUGGCGACAAGUACGACACUCACUGCAAUAACGAAGCGAGGAAAGCCAUGGUCAUGAUAUCCUGCAACAAGGGGACUGUCGGGGACGGCUUCACGGUAAUUCAGGAAGAGAGGAACAAAUCCAGCGAAUGUUUCUACCUGUUUGAGAUGGACAGCAGCCUCGCCUGCCCUCCCGAAGAGUCGCAUCUCAGCGCCGGCUCCAUCCUCCUGAUCGUGUUCGCUGUUCUGGUGGCCGUUUACCUCAUUGGCGGGUUCCUUUACCAGCGCUUUGUGGUUGGAGCCAAAGGGAUGGAGCAGUUUCCUAAUAUCACUUUGUGGCAAGAGCUCGGCAACCUGUCGGCAGAUGGCUGUGAUUUUGUGUGUCGCUCGCGGCCUCGGACGUCCGAAACGGCGUAUCGAGGGGUGGGGGAAGAUCAGCUAGGGGAGGAGCCAGAAGAAAGAGACGAUCACCUGCUACCCAUGUGAGAAGAAGGAAUCCCGCCAUGUGGAUAGAAUAGGAGCCGGGAGAAGCACAGCCCUGGGGCCCCUGUUCCUCUCUUUUCUCCCUCCUGUUUGUGCCCCUGUUCUUGCCUAAUGCUUUUCUAAAGGGCUGGGGCCCAACUCCCUGAAACCAUUUUGUUUUGAUGUUCUUGUUGGCAUAGGUAUGAUCCUGUACUGGGUACUUGCGCCUGGGGCCAACGUAGGGUAGCGCUUACUGUGUGACCCAGGCCUUCUGUACAGGGGAAUGAAGGGACUACCCCGCCCCCCUGCCCCCCCAGCCUGAGCUUUAAGAUGAUCUGGUCAGGGAUAGUGCUGUAGGCAGCCCGGGCCAGUACUUUGGGCCACACGCGAUGGUACAUUAGCUGCCGGCCAUGUUUCCGCUGCAGUAAAGGAGAGCUUUUGUCCGAUCAUUUACUUGUACAGGACCAGAGAAGCACUGUUUGAUUGGUUAUAGGCCUUCACCCUGGUUCUGCUUGGUCCAGUCCAGGGAUGUGAGAUUAGAAGGGUCUCUAGAACCUCCCCCCCCCGCCCCCGGUGAUACCAAAGGUAUUAGUACUGAUGGGACAACUACUGAUUUAUUUAAUAAGCAGCAAAGUACAUACCGCUUCCAUAUGAGCACUGUGUCCCUCCAUGAAAGGUCUCACACCCAGUACUGCCCCUCCCAUGCUCGCCUUUUGCACCUUUGCCCCUCUCCCACAUCUGUUACCUAUAGGUCACUGCUUUUUCUUGGGGUGUUUAUAUAUUUUGUGAUUUAUUGGGGGUUUUCUGAGAUUUGUUUUGUAUGAAAACGGUCCUAAAAUAAACUCUUCCCCAUUACCUCUA